AUGUCGGCCAUGCUCAGAGCCCACAAGUCGGGCGGUCCCCGUCGGGUCCGCUCUCUGAGCCUCGAGUCAGGCUCGUCUGGCGACACUGACUUGCUCGCAGCUGGAGCCCGCCUCUCCAAUGUCAGCACAGCUGAUUCCCCUCCCCACGUCCAUUUCUCAUCAGUCACCCAGGAGUUCGGUCGCCUAGGUUUUGCCUCCGCUGGAGCCCUCCAUGGUGACGAUGCCGAUGACGAGGAAGAAGAACGCCGCCCCUUCCAGCUCGGCAAGAAGCCCAGCGACGUCUUCACCGCUUCUCCCCAGAAAGACGCUGAUGAGGAGCCCUCUUACCUCGGCAAAGGCGGUGAUGAGGAGCCCUCUUACUUCGCCAAAAGCGCUGCUGAGUACGCUGCGGAGCGUCGAAUCAAGCGUUCCGUGACCACCGGCUCAGUCAUGGUGGCAAGUCCUGACAAUCGUGCAUCCGGCUCAACUGCAAAGGCUGGACGCUCUGGUAUGAUCGGCGGUGUCGAUGUUCAAGGCAUCUACCCUGCCACGGCUUGUGUCUUCGUUGCGAACCUGCCCGAAUACAAAGAGGAUCGCGCCAUUGAGGCCGCCGUUACCCGGGAAUUCAGCAGGUACGGCACGGUUUUCGUGAAGAUCCGUCGCGACGGCAACCGCAUGCCGUUUGCCUUCUGCCAGUACACCAGUGACGAUGACGCCAACAACGCCCUGCAGCAGGGACGUGGUGCCAUGAUCCUCGGCCGCCCUUGCCGCACUGAGAGAGUUCGCGCCAACCGCUCAUUCGUCAUUUACAACCGACGCCCGGGCGAGGACAUCACUGUUGCAGAGGCCAGAGCGCUGCUGGAGCAGUACGGUGAGCUCAGCAAGUGCGAGGUGCUGGGCGCCGAAGAGCAAGAGGCUUUGGGAAUCCCCAAGGCCAUCCUCGUCGAGUUUGCCACGUUUGAUCCCAAACGUGACAUAAUCCACGCUGUCCGCGGCAAGGACAAAUACCGCAUCGACGUGUACGACACGAGGAGGAAGGCUCGCUCGGACACCGACGAGGAGUUCCUGCGCAAGUACGACGCCGACCGUCGCUCAGUCUUUGUUGGCGGUCUUCCCUACGAUGUUGAGAAGAGCGACAUCCUGGAACUCUUCUCCGAGGUUGGCGAUGUCGUCGACAUCGACCUUGUCAAGCGCACCAACAACGACGGAACGCCUUGCCGCCCAUUCGCGUUCGUCGAGUUCACCAGGGCCGACGUGCCCGACACCGCGAUCCGCAUGGUCAACGGAACAAGAAUGGGCCAAUACUUCCUCAAAGUCGAGCGCAAGGUCUUCAAGCGUAGCGCUGGGGAGCCCCGCCGUUCGCGAUCUCAGGCUUUCGCCAUGAGAUCGUCCGUCACGCCGAAGACGCCCAAGGUUUAUGGUGGUGCUGGUGGUGCCGCUGGUAGCAGUGGCAACCGUUUUGGUGGUGCCGGCGGUGCUUCUGGCAGCGGUGGCAACCGUUUUGGUGGUGCUGGUGGUGCCGCUGGCAGCAGCGGCUACCGUCAAGCUUCGACGCCCGCCCGUCCUCCACGUGCCGCAACCCGCUUCGGCGACGCGGUCUUGUCCACCCCUUCUGUUGCGCCGGUUCCAGACGACUUGUCGUACCUUGGUCCCUGGCCUGGAAUGAUGACGUUCCAGGACCCCAUCACCGGCCUGACGUGUUACUCGUACCACCAGGUUGAGCCCUCGUCGGGAGUUCCGCUCACGACCCCCACCCGCGACCGCGACAAUCGCGCCGACGACCAGCAGCAUACCUUCCAUGAUGCUUAA